AUGCCAGCGUUCGAAGCACCAAGUCUUGAACUGGGCAGUGGCCCUCAAACGCCGAGUAUAGUUGCGUCACCUUCCCCGUCAGAAAUCUCUAGCGCCAGUUCUCCUGAACCUCCGAACAUACGAGUUACGCCUUUAUUUAGAGCCUUGGCUAUGCCCCCUCCUGAACCGGAUCAACCGCCAGGCCAGGAAGAAUUAGAACGACGGCUUCCAGGCUACAGGCGCAUCAUUAUUCCACGUGAAUUGACUUUGAUAGAGCUUUUGAAACAAAGCAGUGGUGUGACAACAGACGAUGAAGUCUUGCACAUUCGAGAGGCUAAGCUUCGUGUUGUAGCAGAUCGAGUUGGCUUGAGAAGACUACAUGUUCUCUCUCCAAGACUACGCACUCUCACGCUGGAUGGAAGCGCACUUUCAUCCUUGCGCGAUCUUGGUAUCGGUUUAGUUCAUCUCAAAAUUUUAAGUAUAAGCCGUUGUGGUUUAUCGAGUUUGGACGGCGUUUGGGGAUUGAGUAAUUUGAGGGAGCUGUUUGCUGCUGGAAACCGCAUCCAAGAUUUACAACCCCUGGCUGCGUUACAGAAACUGCACACCUUAAACUUGGCUGACAAUCCUAUAUCAGAUUCCGGUCGACUUUGGACACUAGGAGUUUGCAGUUCCCUUCGGAAACUUACCCUCACAGGAACUCCUGCGGCUGAAGAUGUGGACUACCGUUCACGAGUGGCUGCCGCACUGCCAAUGCUAGUCUACUUGGAUGACAGACCUUUGCAUACAGAUGUUACCUAUUCGGAUGAAGAGUUCGGCCCAGGAACAUCGUCUUCUGAGAGUGAUGAUGAAGAGGAACAAGAGUUAUUGCCAAAACUAAACAGACCACCGCCAGCCGAACCUGAACCCGGACCUUCGACUAUGCCAGAUGAAGUUCCAGAAGUUGAUGAGGGUGGUAAUACUGGCAAUUCCAAUUUUGAAUGCGAUACUUUACCGACACGUGUUCGACGUCGGCCAGCCACCACUGAGAAUGCUGGUGUCAGACCAAUUCGCCCCAACGUCCCACCGAGGCCAAAAACUGCUCAAGAGAGACGACAGAAUUCCGGAGAUCAACGAACCAGACUUGAAAUACUGAAUACGCUUUUGGGUAUGGAGAAUGGAUUAAAUGUAUCUAAUGCUGAAAAAGAAUUAAUAGAACAGACAAUGGAAGAUGCAUCAAGAGCGGUAGCAGCUGAAAUACCGCGAGCACCGCGACUAGAAGAUUGGGUGAAGUUCAAAGAAGAAACAGGGAUCGACAUCGAUAUAAAUUUUAAUGAUAGACCAAAAUGUCUUGAUCCCACAAAGAUUCUUGAACGUCUCGAGAAAAUUGAAAAGGAGACUCAAGAGAGGAUUAGAGAAGAAACAUUGAAAGCGAAGUCUAAAAAUACGGAUGGAAGUAUAAGCGGUACAGCUAGCUCAUCCUAUCUGCCAAACAGUACUUCUACGUUCGACACGAUGUCGACUAUAAAUAAUUAUGAAAUUUUCAACACAGAUUUAGUUGAUCUACCAGCUAGUGCAAACAUUGAUACAUUUUACGAUGACAUUGAUGAUUUACAUUCAGUUAGCAGAGAAAGGGUUGGUUUCCCCGAUGAGAAUGACUCACUAACUGACUAA